CACGUAGCAAAAUCUCAAGAAUCAGAGUUACGUAUCUCGUUCACUCACAGACCAGAAAAACCCAGUUCUCAACCAUGUUCCGAUCACGGUGUUAAACUGAAACAUUUCACUGGAUUCCUUUGCCAGGAGGUCAGUUCGUGAAGGAGGGAGUUACGAGGAGUUGCCCUGAGGAUCCUGUGUGAGCCCUGACUGCAUCAUGAAGGACAGUGCAGGUCCAGUGAGAGAACAGGAAGAUAAUGUGAGCAACAACAAUGAUUACCAAAGCUGCACAGACCAAACCUACCUGAAUGAGAAGAUAGUAAUCCCUGAAACAGGAAGGGCAGGUUUCAGUUUCAGGAAGCUAUGGAUGUUCACAGGGCCUGGCUUUCUGAUGAGUAUUGCAUACCUGGACCCAGGAAACAUUGAGUCUGACCUUCAGUCUGGGGCAGCAGCAAGAUUUAAGCUGCUGUGGGUCCUUCUCUUAUCCACGUUCCUUGGUUUGCUCCUGCAGAGACUUGCAGCCCGUCUCGGUGUGGUAACUGGGCUACACCUCGCUGAGGUCUGUCACAUUUACUACCCAAAGUAUCCACGUUGCAUACUGUGGGCAAUGAUUGAAAUCGCCAUCAUUGGGUCUGACAUGCAGGAAGUCAUUGGCACAGCAAUUGCCAUCAAUCUACUGUCCAAUCAAAGGAUUCCGGUUUGGGGAGGAGUCAUUAUAACUAUUGUAGACACCAUUGGGUUCCUGUUCCUUGACAAAUACGGUCUCAGGAAGUUAGAAGCUUUUUUUGCUGUCCUGAUUGCGAUUAUGGCAAUAACAUUUGGAUAUGAGUAUGUAGUGGUAAAACCCAAUCAGGGUCAAGUAGUGAAGGGUCUAUUCUAUCCAUACUGUGCUGGAUGUGGCAGAACAGAACUACUUCAGGCUGUGGGCAUCGUUGGAGCAAUCAUAAUGCCCCAUAAUAUCUACCUCCACUCAGCUCUCGUCAAGAGUAGACACAUAGACCGAAGCAAACCAUCAGAGGUGAAGGAGGCAAAUAUGUAUUACCUGAUCGAGUGCUCCAUUGCCCUGUUUGUGUCACUGCUCAUCAAUAUAUUUGUUAUUGCUGUGUUUGGAGCUGCCUUCUACCAGAAGAGCAAUAUGGAUGUGUAUAAUGUCUGUGCUAGGAGUGGAAGCCCCUACCUCCAUGUGCUGCCAAAGGACAAUAACACCUUGGAGGUGGAUAUCUUCAAAGGGGGAGUUGUCCUUGGAUGUUAUUUUGGAUCACUUGCACUCUAUAUCUGGGCCGUUGGGAUUCUAGCUGCAGGUCAAAGUUCAACAAUGACGGGUACCUACUCUGGCCAGUUUGUGAUGGAGGGCUUUCUCAACCUGUCUUGGACGCGAUUUAAGCGAGUGACUCUAACGCGAUCAUUGGCGAUCAUUCCUACGUUGCUAGUAGCAGUGUUUCAGGACAUGUCCAGCCUGUCGAACAUGAAUGAUAUUCUCAACGUCUUGCAGAGUAUUCUGGGGAACGACGUCUAA